UUGUUCUAAAUUUGACACAUUCAAAAAAAAAAAUUAAAAAAAAUCUGACACAGUCUGUUGUCUUCAAAGUAGUGUUUAUUUGGUUUCUUGAAUUUUAAUUUUUUGUGUGUAGUGAUUAUUCUUACUGGUGAUUGAAGUUAAAGAAAAUAAAAUAAAAUGGGUUGGUUUCUCUGUGCUGGCAAUUCAAGUAAAAAUAAUACUAAACGGCUCAAGAACAGACCGGAUUAUGAUGAUGAUGAUCAGAUCCAAUCAUCUUCGGGUACCUCAGAUAAAACAAAGCAAAGCUUGUCUUCAAACGUAAGUAAAGAGACUUCCAAAGAUGGCGGUUCUGAUCAUAUUGCAGCGCAUACAUUUACAUUUCGGGAAUUGGCUGCUGCGACAAAGAAUUUCAGAGCAGAUUGUCUUUUGGGCGAAGGUGGUUUUGGCCGAGUAUAUAAAGGGAGAUUGGAGAGCAGCAAUCAGGUGGUAGCUAUCAAGCAACUCGAUCGCAAUGGCCUGCAAGGGAACAGGGAAUUUCUUGUUGAAGUAUUAAUGUUGAGCCUGCUUCACCAUCCUAAUCUUGUUAACUUGAUUGGCUAUUGUGCCGAUGGAGAUCAGAGACUUUUGGUUUAUGAAUACAUGCCAUUAGGAUCUCUGGAAGAUCAUUUACAUGAUCUACCGCCUGAUAAAAAGAGAAUUGACUGGAAUACAAGGAUGAAGGUAGCUGCCGGUGCUGCUAAGGGCUUGGAGUAUUUGCAUGACAAAGCUAAUCCCCCAGUUAUAUAUCGUGAUUUAAAAUGCUCAAACAUUUUACUUGGCGAAGAUUUUCAUCCAAAGCUAUCUGAUUUUGGUUUGGCGAAACUUGGUCCGGUCGGAGAUAAUACCCAUGUAUCCACCAGAGUAAUGGGAACCUAUGGAUACUGUGCACCUGAAUAUGCAAUGACGGGUCAGCUUACACUUAAAUCAGAUGUAUAUAGUUUUGGUGUUGUUCUUCUUGAGAUUAUUACUGGAAGAAAAGCCAUUGACAAUUCAAGAGCUGCUGGAGAGCAUAAUCUUGUUGCAUGGGCACGGCCAUUGUUCAAGGAUCGUAGGAAGUUUCCGCAGAUGGCUGAUCCUCUACUCCAAGGUCAAUAUCCAGUCAGAGGCUUAUACCAAGCUCUUGCAGUUGCUGCUAUGUGUGUUCAAGAACAGCCCAACAUGCGACCGCUUAUAGCUGACGUAGUCACAGCCUUGAGUUAUCUUGCUUCCCAAAAGUUUGAUCCCGAGACACAACCGAUCCAUAGCUCUCGCACCAGUUCCUCAACUCCGAGAGCAAGAAGAGAACAAUGAGUUUGCCAAGUCGGACGAAAUAGAUUUUACAGUGAUAGUAAACACAAGAAAUGUUCAGUCUUUCGAAACCAAUGCUAUGGUUGCUGUCUCUCUACAAGCUAUGGUGCUACACGAAUGCUUGAUGCGAACAAGUUUAAACCAGCUGACCGUAAAAUGUUACGGGUGAAUUAAAAUAUGCAAAAAUGGAGGUAGAAGCUGCAAUGGUCAGACCAACUGUGUCGUCUGCAAUAGAAGAUUCUUUUUCUUUUAAAUUUUUUUUUGGCCUAUUAUUGAUCACCAUAUUUCCCCCCCGAGUCAUUUUACCUUCUUACUUUUACCAAAAAAAUUAAUGUACAAUUUGAGUUUUGGGGCUUUGUAUGUAGAGAUGAAUUCAAUAGAAAAACCUAUUCACUGGAAAAAAAAAGUAUCUGCUUUUGGUUGUUGUUAUCA